GGCGAUCAGAGGAGACUUCACAAACAGUAGCCGGUGCCCCGCAGUAGGAAGAGCAGCCCACCCGGUGCAGCUCCCGCGCAGCACAGCCAGAGCCGCUGAGGAUGCACUGCAGCGCCUGAGAUCCACAGCACUUUAAUCUGUUACAAGGAUGAAUGAAUGCACAUCAUUGUUACUGUUUGAAUCCCUUUCAUGCAGAAAGGAGAGCUGACCUAACUUCAAAUAUGUGACUCAUGGCUCCUCCAGCAAAAAGAUCAGGAGCAGUUUCUGGGUCAGUGCAAGAGCCCCACUGGAUGUGAAGAAGAUGAAGAUGGGAGGAACCUGGCUGGGUCUGCCAGUUGGACAGCACUUGAUUGAUCUGGGACACAAGCACUUUUCAAACACAUGGAGAAACAUGAUGUAUUUCAGAAAAUUCAGGCUGAUUGUUUGCCUUAUAGGGCUCAGCUGUGCUGGCCUCUGGUUUUUUUACGAUUUGACUGAAUUCUGUAUAUUCUGUGAAAACAGCCAAGAUUACAUAUUCCCCAUAGAGACUUUCAGGAGAAUCGAAGGCAACUUCUUGCAGCUCCCAGAUGCAGAUUGCCAGAAGAACCCACCUUUCCUCGUCCUGCUUGUGACAUCCUCGUACCACCACAUUGAUGCCAGGAUGGCCAUCCGGCAAACCUGGGGGAAGGAGAGAACAGUGGCUGGCAAGCGCCUGGUGACAUAUUUCCUCCUGGGAAGCACUGUGAAUAUGAGGCAGCAGGCUGAUAUCACUGCUGAAAGCCAAAAGUACAAAGACAUUAUUCAAAAGAAUUUUACAGACACAUAUUACAAUUUGACUUUGAAGACCAUGAUGGGAAUUGAAUGGAUUCACAGAUUUUGUAACCAGUCCAGCUUUGUGAUGAAAACUGACACAGAUGUGUUUGUCAAUGUUUUUUACCUCACUGAGCUUCUUCUAAGGAAAAAGAGGACCACUAGGUUCUUCACAGGCUUUUUAAAACUGCAUGAGUUCCCCAUACGGAGAAGAAGGAGUAAGUGGUAUGUGAGUAAAGAGGAGUAUCCGAGAAAGACCUACCCGCCGUUUUGUUCUGGGACUGGCUAUGUUUUAUCCACUGAUGUUGCUAGUCAGAUCUAUAAUGUUUCAGAGAGCAUUUCGUUCAUUAAACUGGAGGAUGUCUUCAUAGGACUGUGCCUUGCCAAACUAAAAAUUCACCUGGAGGAGCUUCAUUCAGAGCAGACGUUUUUCCCAGAGAGGAUUAUGUUCUCUGUUUCUCGCUUUAAGAAAAUUGUGAUGUGCCAUGAAGUAGAACCAUCUGAGCAGUUGAGCUACUGGAAUCGCUUAGUGACAGAAACCCAUGGAUGAGUGCUCUAGCAUCUUCCCUGCUCAACUAGGAAACUGAAAUGCUCCACUUUAACAGGGCUUCUCUCGAGUCCAGCACAACUCCCAAUUAACUCUAGAUCCAUCAUGUUACAGAGUUUUUAAAUGGUUAUUUUAAUCUCCAUUUCUGCCCAACAACAUUCAAAACUCUCAUCUCCCAUUCACACUCACCUCUUUGCAUCCCUUCUCUACAGAAGUUACUGUUACUUUCUGAAAGGUGCAGGCCUGCAAAUCUGGCCUCCAAAUGCUGCUGCUACAGGGCUGGGGACAAUUCUGCAGCACCAAAAUGAAAGUCAAAGUACUUCUGUUCAGAGAAGAAAAUCUGCAUUCUCUCCUGGCCCCCCUUGACAGGUUCCUGCAUUUGCACCUAGCUGUGCAGGCAUUUAAGAAAAGGUGUUUGUAGCUGUCAGGAUGUUCCCCUCCUGGCAUAGGGAACUGCAGCCCUGCCUUUGCAGCCAGCUCCGAGUGGGCAGGACUGUGUAGUGGCACAGAUCCAUUCUUCACUCUACCAUUUUUUUUUGCACAAAUGGAACAAUUUGCCACACAGGACAGCCUUAGGUACUGCAGGUCACCCAGUGAAUGUGUAAGGCAUCUGCAUCUGUUUCCCUGUACAUACCUCCUGCUGAAAUUAUAUGUUGUAGAGCUGGAUCCAUGCUCAGUGGAGAGUGUCCUGGUCUUUCUAUUAAAAUAGGCACUGGAGACAUCUUUUA